AUGCAGCAAAACGGUAUGGCGGAUGCCAUACCAUCUCCAGAUCCUCCCAUCAAGCGGUCACCAUCUUCGCUGUCAUCAUCAGGGGAGCCCGUCGCGAAACGUCCGAAACGGCCGUAUCAUCACCACCAUCGACUCCAGGUCCCCGUGCAGCCCGGCCUCUGCGAGCCAGCCAUCCCAGACGAUGGGACCAUCACUCAUCUGCUGAAUCGUGCCAUUGGGCAGGUACUGAAGGAAACUGGAUUUGACCUCGCAGAGCCCGUUGCGUUGGACAGUCUCCGCAAUGCUACGGAAGAGUAUAUCCUCCACUUCGCCUCUUUUGUGCGUCAGAACAUGACCUCCUGUCGCCGCACCCAGCCCAUCCCGCAGGACUUUGAGCAUGCGCUGCGCAGGUCCUUUAUCAGCGUCGACGACCUGACUCCCCACCUCAAACCGCAGAGUGCGGUCGCCCCGACACCGACGCUGUUGCCCAGUCCUCCUCCCGAAGAAAAGGAUGUCUUUGACUCCUUCGCUGGCAUGCCUAUCCUCGACCCGCAUCUUAGCGGCGAGGAGGACCGCAUGCGCAGCAAGUACAUCCCUCCGCAUUUCCCGCAAUUUCCCAGCAAACACACCUAUCGACAUACCCCCGUCUUCACAGAACGAGAACUGGAUCCCCGUAAGAUCCGAGAACGCGCGACGGAGGACGGUCGGCACGGAGAGGAGGCCCUGCGGAAACUGGCCCGCGCUGCCUUUCGGGACACGCAGGCGGCUGGUGCCGGGCAGCGCGAAAAGCGCUUGUGGGGUCGGAAGCAUGAGAACAUGGAGACCAUGUUUGAGAAGACGGUGCGGGGGUUGGUCAAGAAGGCGCAGCAGAAGAACAACGUGCCGGGCACUACUGAUGUUCAGCCGAUGGAGAUCGACAGCGGCGCGGCGCAGAAACAAUUGAAGUCACCGUUGGCCAACAUUGAAUUGGGGCCGAUUGUUAACUGCGAGAGGGGGUUCUGGCGGAAGACCGCGACGACGGGGCCGCAGAAGACGGAAAAGACGGAAAAAGUAGUCGAGAUGAAGGAUGCUGCUGUGUCGAGGGUGAGCGCUGGGUGA